CGUUUGUUUUCUGAGCUGCUGAACCGAAACCAGACGCCCAAUUUCAGAAUGCAUCUGUCAAGGGUUGGAAUUUACAUGAAGAGGAGAAAGCGGGCCUGCUCUCAAGCUUGAGCAUUAUUGUCUUCCUCCAUCUGGCCAUCACUGUCUCUGCCUCUUCAGAUUGGUGCUCAUUUCCUCUCCCUUCACCAACAUGCUGUGUUGGGGGAAUGCCAAGGAUGGGCAGUUGGGUGUCGGUGUGGAAAGGAACCCAGUGUUUGAGCCAAGGAACUGUCAAGUGUUCAGUGGCAGGGGACUGAAAGAUGUCGCUUGUGGAGGGCAACACUCAAUGUUCCUGCUGCAUGACGGAAGUGUGUACACAUGCGGCUCUAACAGCUGUGGACAACUGGGACAUGACAAAGCAGGGACUUCCCCAGAGCUGGUAGGGGCUCUGGAUACACAGAAGAUAACAAUGGUAUCAUGUGGUCGGGCCCAUUCGAUGGCAGUGAAUGAGCAAGGUCAAGUGUUUGCCUGGGGAGCUGGUGAAGGGGGACAGCUUGGCCUGGGGACUGUGGAGGCGGCUGUUCGAAUCCCAAGGUUGGUCAAAAGACUGUGUGACCAUCGCAUCUCCCAAGUAAUGUGUGGGAACCAGCACUGCAUCGCACUUUCUAGAGACGGCCAACUGUUCACGUGGGGCCAGAACACCAGUGGCCAGCUCGGUCUGGGGAAAGGAGAGCCCAGCAAGCUAUCCCCUCAUCCUCUGAAGUCUCUGGCAGGAAUUCCUUUGGCACAGAUAACUGCUGGGGGAGACCACAGUUUUGCACUCUCCUUGUCCGGAGCUGUAUUUGGCUGGGGCAAAAACAGAGCUGGACAACUGGGUCUCAAUGAUAAGCAAGAUCGUGCCGUCCCGUGCCACAUCAAAUUUUUGAGAUCUCAAAAAGUUGUUUACAUCAGCUGUGGAGAUGAGCAUACAGCAGCACUCACAAAGGAUGGCGGCUUGUUUACAUUUGGUGACGGCUCGUGGGGUCAGCUGGGUCAUGGCUCCACCAACAAUGAACUUUUACCGAGACGAGUGCUGGAGCUCAUGGGUACUGAGGUGUCCCAGAUCGCCUGUGGCAGGCACCACACUUUGGCGUUCGUGCCUUCCUCUGGCGUGGUGUAUGCGUUUGGUUGUAACAGCCAUGGCCAGCUGGGCACAGGAAUACUGGGGGAUGCCAGAAGCCCAUUUCCUGUGAAGAACAGUUUCCUGACUGGAAAUUUCCAUAGAAGAGAAUCCAAACAGUAUACAGUGACCAAAACCAUAUGUGGAGGAGACCAUAGUUUCUUAUUGUACUCGAGUGAACAGAGUUCUGUCACCCCAGAAGAUUUCAGGGUGAUCAAUGUCAACAAAAGCCUCUCCCCAAUCAAUUACGAAAGGUUAAAUUCAUGGAGGUUAAAGCUGAUGUACAGCACAGACUCUAGCGUCACAAACGACAUCAUAAUUCAGCUCUCCUCGACGGCUUGUUGGAAUGCCAGCUUCUUGGACCAAAGUGAUGAUAACCACUUCAAAACCAACCCAAAGAUCCCAGGCAUCGAUCUCAACUCUGUCAGAGUGCUGUUUGAGACUCUCAGCAAACCGGCCUUCUCUGGACUUCUGGAGCAGGCCACCAAGAGUUUUGAGAGCAUGUUGAUCCCUCAGCUGCCGCGCUCCCCUCCUGACGUCGAGGCCAUGAGGAUCUACCUCAUCCUAUCUGAGUAUCCAGCACUGCUGGACUCCAAGAACUACAUCCGCCUCACUAUACCCCUGGCAAUGGCCAUUCUCCGGCUAGACGCCAACCCCAGCAAAGUAUUAGAUAACUGGUGGUGUUUUGUGGAUGGCAGCGUGUUCACCAGAAUGGUCGACAUGUACAAGAGCAUCGUUGUGUUUAUGCUAACAGGAGGCAAGACGCUGCUUGUACCUGUCUUCUAUGAGAACUAUUUUCUGGCCACGCUAAGGCUGCUGGAGAAACUCCAUAAGGUAAACUUAAAGGCUCACCAUGUGGAGUACAACCGCUUUUAUAUCCCCGACAUCACCAGCCUCGUGGACAUCCAGGAAGACUACCUCAAAUGGUUUCUGAAUAAAGCCGAGAUUAAAAUGGGAUCAUCCCCUUCGCAGAGUGACUUUCUCACAGUGAACCUUUGUGCCUACCCGUUCAUACUGAACGCCCAAGCCAAGACAACCAUGCUGCAAACAGAUGCUGAACUGCAAAUGCAGAUGGCAGUAAGCGGUGCAAACCUACACAAUGUCUUUAUGCUGCUCACACUGGAACCCCACCUUGCUAGGAACCCUUACCUAGUGCUCCAUGUGCGCAGGAACCAUUUAGUAAGUGACACACUGCGUGAGCUCACCAUGUACUCUGACGUGGACCUCAAGAAGCCGCUCAAGGUGAUCUUCGAUGGCGAGGAGGCCGUAGAUGCAGGUGGAGUAACUAAAGAGUUCUUCCUGCUGCUGCUGAAGGAGCUGAUGGAUCCUGUGUAUGGGAUGUUCACACAUUACAAGGAGUCCAACCUGCUGUGGUUCUCAGACAAAUGUUUUGUAGAGCAGAACUGGUUUCACCUGAUCGGGAUCAUCUGUGGUCUGGCCAUCUACAACUCCACGGUGGUGGACCUCCACUUCCCCCUGGCUCUCUACAAGAAGCUGCUUAAUGUUCUACCCACACUGGAUGACUUCAAAGAGCUCUCACCCACCGAGGCCAGGAGUCUACAACAACUUCUAGACUAUGAAGGAGGUGAUGUGGAGGAGACUUUUCUUCUCAACUUUGCCAUCACCAGGGAGAACUAUGGGAUGACAGAGGUGAAGGAGCUGAUCCCUGGAGGAGAAAGCAUCGCUGUGGACAUAAACAACAGGAAAGAGUUUGUCGAGGCCUACCUGCGCUACGUGUUCUCAGACUCGGCGGCCGAGCAGUACUCGGCCUUCUCCUCUGGUUUCCUGAAGGUGUGCGGCGGGGAGAUCCUGUCGCUGUUCCAGCCCUCUGAGCUGAUGGCCAUGGUGGUUGGCAACAACAACUACAACUGGGAGGAGAUGGAGAAGAACGCCGUCUACAAAGGGGAGUACACAGCCACUCAUCCAACAGUCAGAUUGUUCUGGGAGGUUUUCCACGAGUUCCCUCUGGAAAAGAAGAAGCAGUUCUUAUUGUUCCUGACCGGCAGCGACCGCAUCCCCAUCCACGGCAUGGAGAGCCUCCGCAUCGUCAUCCAGUCCACCACAGCGGAGGAGCACUACCUGCCGGUGGCCCACACCUGCUACAACCUGCUGGACAUGCCCCGCUACCAGACCAAAGAGAUCCUGCGCCGCCGCCUCACUCAGGCCGUGGAGCAGUACGAGGGCUUCAGCCUGGUCUGAGGGGAGUCCGAGUGGAAGAUUCAACGCACUUUAACAGCAAUACACCCCCCUCAACGUGAGUGUCCGAGGAGUGUAGGCGGGGGGGGGGAUUCUGGGAAACAGGAAGAACGCUCUCUUUAUACGCUCUCACAGGAUUGUUAAGCAUCUUGAGUCUGAAAGGUCUAUGUAUGUAAAUUCAAAGUAUUACUGUUUUUAUUGCUUUGGUCAAAGUUUCGCAACCUUUCAGGACCAUUUUAGAGGCUGAUAUAUAUUGAUAUUUGUUUCAAAUCUGUCCGGGGAUUGAAGUAAAAACAAAAUAUAAAUGAUAGUGAAAUUUGCAUGACGACUUGGGAUCAUUAAAAACUUUUGGGAACUAAAAUCAGGGGAAGGUUGAGAAACUCUGGACUUGUGGGUGUUUGCGUUGUUUCAUUUUUGUCUUUUUUUGCAAAGCUGUGUAUUUUAUAUUCCUUAAAUUCUAUUUUUCACCUUUAAAGAAUUCUGUUAUUACCUUGAGACAAUAUAUUGCUUUUUGUUACUUUUAAUUUAUUAAAUAGAGUGGUUAUUUUUUGACAAAAUAAACGUGUAUGUAUGUAAAUAGCACUUUGAAUAUAAUCUUUACCCCCCGAUGCUGGGAGGAGUGUUAGUCCCGCUGAUCCUUUGAAAUCUGGACACCAGCAUGUCCUCCCUGCGCCAUUUUAAAGAAGGUCGAAAGAAGAGUUUCUGGCGGGCCGAAGGGUUCAACACGGCGAAUAUUAUUUGCAAUCGCUCGUUCCUGUUUAGCUGUGGAUCACAGACCAGCUGACUUUGUCUUGAAUCUGCAUUCAACAGUGUGGCCUUCUACAGCGAAACCUACUGUACGGACACUAAGCUGACUUUUAAAGUUGAUUUUUACUGGAUGUUGUCUGUGUGCAUGUUGUUGAGUGAAAGAAAAAACCUGAUUGUCAUUUAACAGUUCGACAUUUUGGGGAAUACAAUUAUUCGCUUUCUUGCAGAGAUUGAGCCAGUUUUCCUGGAUGCCGGUUAAAUGUCAGGCCACAGCUAGCAGCCACUUAGCUUAGCUCAGACUUAAAGCAUGAGCAAUCGGGUGUCGUUUCAAAUUUAACAAAAUGUGCACCUCUAAAGCUCACCAAUUAACAGCUUAUGCCUUGUUUGUUUGUUUGCACAGAAAGAAACGAAGCAUUAAUAUUUGGCUGUUUUAUUCGGGUUAGUUUCAUUGUUACACUAAUAAUUUUUUUUAAAAACUUUGCUGCACUCCAACUACUGAAACCAGUGAUUCCAACACAGUGCUUUGAUAGAUCUUCAGCUUACUGAAACAGACGGUUCACACCUUUGUUGGCUCUUCACUGGUUUCCUGGCAACCAAGAGCAACAAAAAUGGCGGUCACUCGCCUUCAUACAAAUUCAACAAACUAGAUAUAUUGUGUAAGACUGUGAGCUUUAGAGCUGCUGUUGGUGGGUUUAGUGACACAAACUAGCUGUUUUCAGUCUGUUUGUUAGGCUAAGCUAACCGGUUGCUAUGACUGCACCGUAGACUGUAUAUGGAUCGUACCAUUCUGGCAAGAAGCGAGCAAGAUUGUGUCCUAAAGUGUCAUUUAAAACUAACUAUAAAAACCUUAGAAUGAAUAAUUGUAAUUAGUAUGGUUUCCAAGUUGCAGAUUAAGAAUACUUAAAUUGUGAUACUUGAAUAAAUGCGUAUUUUAACAGUGUGGGCAGAUAUUAAACACUCAUAUUUAGUCAUUUGAUGAUAAACUGUAUAUCACUUGUUCCAAAACUUGCCCUGAUACUGUAUUUAUUCCUGCAGUCAAACCUCUUAAUUGAAAAAUGCUGUUUAAUUAGGUAGUGCAUUGGCGUGAAGUGCGUGAAAUGGUCUUGCAUAUAUAUAUAUACAUACACAUAUAUAUAUAUACAUAUAUUUUUUAUAUAUUUCCUACAUGACAGUGGUGUUAAAGUGAUUUGGGACAGUAAAAUGACUUGAUGUGUCCUGACUAACACAUCCAUUCAGCAAUAACAACCUGAUACAGCCCAGUAAUGUAGUGAUAAACUUAUAAAGGUCUGACAUGCUGGACUCUUCUGAGAUGUUUCUUAGGACAGUUCAUCUUAUUGCUUAGCUCUAUACUGCAUGUACACACACGUUCCACACGUUCAGUCAAUAUUUGUCCUAUUAAGGCUGAUUUCUCCUGCAGAGUUUAGUCCUAUGCAAAGGUUUGUGCAGCCCUUGACUUUUUUGCACCUUUUAAUGUGCUACAGAAAAUGUGAUUUUUGCAUAUUUGUCUGAAAUCUACACAAAGCUCUCUGUUCCAGCCAAGUUUUUUUUUUUUUUUU